AUGGGUUAUUGGGAUGCCUCCGUGCCUCACGGCGCCAUGGACCCUUUGCUGAGUCAAGAUCUUUACACUGACCUCUUGACAUUUACCUUCUGUGGGCCGAAUCUUUACAACCAAAACCAACCACUUUUCAUUGAUGCCGAAGACCCUUCGCGAUCUUUUACAGGCACUCAAUUUCGACAACUGGUUCGAACUCUGAUCGCAGGAUUUAAGGCACAUGGUGUGCAAAAAGGUGAUUGUGUGCUCCUUCAUCUGGGGAACAGUAUCUUAUAUCCCGCAUUAUUCUUCGGUAUCAUUGGCGCUGGUGGUGUCUACAUGGGCUCCAAUCCUCGCAGUCAAACCUCCGAAUUCGAACACAUCGUUUCCCAGGCCGAACCCAAGUUCAUCUUCACAACCAGCAAUGCACUGUCCAUGGUGCUCGAAGUCGGUGCCACCCGUGGUAUUCGUCCCGAACAAGUCUGCGUGGUCGAUGACCGCUCAGUAGACCAUUGCGCGCAACUCUUUUUGUCGUACGAAAUGGGCUACCCGGCCAAGGAUGCGUUAGCUAUGCGCACACAGGAAGCUGCAUACCUCAAUUUCCCUCGUCUACUGUGCUAUGGUGAAAGCGACUGGAUGACGUUCACCGAUCCGCUGGAGGCGCAGAAUAUGCCUGCAGCCAUGUUCUCGACAAGUGGCACCGGUGGUCUUCCCAAAGCCGCGAUCUUGUCACACCACGCUAUCGUGUCGCACCAUCGCUCUAUUCAGUACGAUGUGCCGUUCCCGGUCAGCCGACUUAUGUCGCUGCCCAUGUUCCAUUUGUUCGGUGCGCUAUGGACGCACUUGUUCCCUGUGCGAUAUGGCCACCCUCUCUUUGUAUUGCCGCGCUUUGAGAUGAACCAGUUCCUGGCGACAAUCCACCGGUACCAGAUUUCAGAGACAUAUCUGGUGCCUGCGAUCAUCAACUCGAUUAACCGCUCUACACUGCCUGUUGCCAGCUACUUGUCUUCGUUGCGAUAUGUCGGUGUCGCCGGUGCCCCCAUUGAUGCGCUGAGCAUGGGCCAGUUCCAAAGCCUCCUCCACCCGCAGGCUUAUGCUUGUCAGUUGUGGGGCAUGACUGAGGUCGGUGUGAUUUUCCAGUGUCGCUACGGCCAACAAAACAACCACGGCAGCAUCGGAACCCGCCUUCCAGGGUAUGAAGUGCGGCUGGUGGAUCACGAAGGCAAAGACUUGAAAAGUGACGACCGUGCCGGCGAGAUGUACGUUCGCGGGCCGGGCCUACUGUCGUCGUACAAGGGCCGCACCGAUGCCAAGGAAGCCGGUGGUUGGUUCCGUACAGGCGACGUCGCAUACAUGAAGCAUGGCUACUAUUUCAUUGUUGGCCGAACAAAAGAAUUAAUCAAAGUGCGAGGUUGGCAAGUAGCCCCCGCCGAAGUGGAGUCCGUUCUCCGCCAACACCCAGGGAUCAGCGACGCUGCCGUCACAGGCGUGAACCUGCCCGACGGCAGCGGUGAAGUACCCCGCGCCUUCGUAGUGCGUUCACGAGACCCAGCCGUGAGCCGCCUCACCGCUGAGCAAGUGUACAAAUUCGCCCGCGAGAAACUGGCCAGUUACAAGGCCCUCGAUGGCGGUGUGAUUUUUGUCGAGGAGAUCCCCCGCACGGCCAGCGGCAAGAUCCAGCGAUUCAAAUUAUCCCAGAUGAACACCUACCGACAGAUGAUCGCGAAUUUGUUAUCCCAGUUUGGUGGCAGAAGUGUCGCACCCGCACUUCCUACUAGUGCGGAUGUCCCCCUCGGAAUGGCACCCGAAAGCCGUGUUACCGUGUAA